CCUGCUUCCUCGGUACCUUCUCUUCCGCUUCCUCCUCUUUCCUUUCGUUUCCUUUCCUUUCAUGGCCUGUGCUUCCUCAUUCGUUUAAUAAUAAUCCCUCUCUUUCUCUCUCUGUCCACUCUCUCCCCCUGCGCUUAUCUUCUUCUCUUGGGCCUCAGAGAACUGCUCGAUCCAUGGCGAUAGAGACCGUCGAGAUUGAUUUCUUCGGGGUGCAGAGGGAGGAGGAGAAAUCCGCAAAGUCUCAGCUACCUCCGUCUCUCGACCGCCGGAGGAGUUUCCGAGGAAUUAAUGGCGCCAUUUCUAAGAUCAAUCCCGAGCUUCUCAAGUCGGUGAUCGGCUCUGCUCGGACCGCGAACCACAAGUUGGAAUGCGGUCUUCAAUUUCCGCCUUCAGUGCCCACAAAUCCCUCACAAGACAAUCCAAAACGGGAGUUUCAGAGUCCGCUCCUCACCGAGCUUACUGCUGAGCACAAAGAUAAGAUUACUCCCCUUACGAUCUUCUACAAUGGAACCGUCAUCGCCUUUGAUGUGACCCAUGAUAAGGCUGAGAACAUACUGAAACUUGCGGUGGAAGGUAGCUCGCAGAAUCAGCUGAUGGAGACUCUCAGUGGAGAUCUUCCGAUUUUCAGGCAAAAAUCGCUGCAGAGAUUUUUGGAGAAGCGCAAGGAGAGGCUGACUUUCGUACACCCGUAUGCCUGUCACGAGAAGUAGGCCAUCACCUUAAGACCCGAAGUCUCUCCGUCGACAUAUAAACUCCCGAUAUAAUAUCCUAUUUCCUCAAAGUAUCUGAUCUAGUCAUAGAACUUAGAAGAUCGCUAUGGAUCCUUGUGCUCGCGGUGGAGACAAUAUCAACUGCGCUAUCGGGUGAUGCAGUACUAGAUUCACAUUCUCGGUCUUGUAAUGCUUUUGAGACAAUUUCAAAUGCGCUAUAUAUGUGCAAGUUAUGCAGUACUAGAUUCGUGUUUUGCGUCUGGUGAACUAAAUUUGGUCUUCAUAUUUUGUUCUAAUACACAAAUUCUUCUGAACUGA